UAGUCAUUUUUUAAGUGAAAAAUUGUACUGUUUAUAUUUAUUUUAUUUAUUUUUGUAUAAUUUUGGUUACUAUUUUUCCCUAGUGCUCGUUUAACAGUUAUUUUGGAUUUAACCACACCAUUUUAAGAUGCAAGGCAUUAGUAUUAAAACUCCAGACAAAGGAGUCUUACCCACCAGCAAAGAUAUCGGAAGAAGCCGCAGAAAAUCUCGAUGGAAGCUUAAAUUUCAUCAUCAAGCAUUACCUCCGGAGUAUUUGAACCACUAUGAGGCAUCAAUGACGUCUCCUCAACCAUCUCCAGGAAUUACACCCUCACCUGCAUCUACACCAGUCUCUUUUACGGGGAAUGUAAAAUCUAAACUUCCUCCAGAAGCUCAGACUAGCGUCCGUUUCGAUGAUCUGCCGUUCAUGGGAGAGAUGACUUUAGACAAUGCAAAACCGCGAAGGGGUCGCAAACCAAAAAAGGCUGAUAUAUGUCAUUUGAUUUAUAAAAACUACGGUACCACCGUUGUAGAAGAACCUUUGAACCUAUGCGUCAGAGACCAAAUAUCAUUAAUUAGUGAUUUUCAAAUACCAGGUUCCACGGGGUCAGCUAUUCAAGAAACAAUGAAUCUUCAAUUGAAAGAUUCAAAACGCAAAAGCAAAAAAUCGUUAGCCAGAGAGCGUUUGGAAAAGACAUUUAAGGAAAAAGGAUUCUUAAUACAGACGCAACAACUGGAAUCCGCCCAAGGAGCCACUUACUGUAAAUUUAGGCAGUUGAGGAAAUUCACACGGUAUUUGUUUAGAAGCUGGAAACAUCACUUACCUGGUGAUGUAGUAGACAACGGUGUCAAUAGUCAAGUCACUUGAAUGUGUGUUAUUUUUAUACGAGUGAACUAUAUUUAAAUAAUUCUCAGAAUUCUGUGCACAGACGAGUGAGAAUAUCUAAAAUUGGAAGCAAAAUAUUAUAAGAGACAUUAUUAUCGAGUUAGUCAUUUCCUUACAGUUUCCAUAACCAUAACAAUGGAAACAAUUUGUGGGACUAAAAUACAUUUAUGUUAAGUAAUGUGUUCUAUUUUAAAAACCAUUUUCAAGAUUUUAAUCGAUUUACUUUUUAAUAUUAAAAUCCCAGGUGUAAGUCAAUCAAUAAAGCCGUAAGUACACGAUGUUGGUUUUAUAACUCAAAUCUUUAAUAUUUGUUGUAUUUAUUAUUCAUAUUAUUAUUAUUAUUAUUAUUAUUAUUAUUAUUAUUAUUA